AUGCUGCGAUUGCGAAAUUCAGAGGUGCCAACACACUCUGCAUCACGGUCAACAGGUUUGGAUUCCAAGUAUAGACACUUGGCUUGGAUGUUCGUUGGUGUUGCACCAGCAUGCGCACGGCAGACUAAGCCCAAAGGGGACUCGGUGACGCACUAA